AUGAAAAGAAACAGAUUUUUUUUGGUUCAAUCAACAACCAAAUUUACAGAUGAUCAAAUUAAAAGAAUUGCAGGUGAAAUGAGUGAUAUUAGUUAUUAUUUGGUAGAAGGAAUUAAAGUUUGCACCCUUGACGAAAAUAUAUAUAAAUAUAUCCUAAAUUCAGAUUCAAAAGAGAAAUAUAUUCAAGAUAAUAAUAAAUCUCCAAUUAUAUGUAUACCUCGUAAACCUCAUGCAAAUGGUCUUUUAAGUUAUAUGGUUGGAACCUUUUUAGAACUAAAUAAAGGUUGGUUGGCAACAAUUUCAGAUUCCUCAAGUAGCAACAUUAACACAUUGCUCAAAGAUACAUUAAAAGAUGAUAAAAGUUGGAUUGCAAUAGAACUUGAUGGUUAUUAUAAAGUCUGUAAAAUUGAUGAAAGAGACGAAAAAGUUCCUACAUUUAAAUCAAUUGCAACAACUGGUUUUAAAACUCAAAAUCGUGAAGUUAAUCCAAUAAAAUCAACUCAGAAAAAGAAGAGAUUUAUAAAAGAGAAUUUGAAGGAGGUUCCAAAAAGUAUAAAUUUAAGCCUAUUUCAAGGAUUACCAAAGAAGAGCUUUUUGAAUAUUGGUCUAUUACCUAAAUGUUAG